UUGGACUGAGCCCGUUCAGUGUGUGGCAGUUAGACUAGCAGAGGAGGUCGCUAUGUGGGAGAUUCUUAAAUCCUUGACUACGGAUUCAGACUGGGCGCUGCUUUAUUGCAUCCAGAUGAUUUAAGCCGUCCGCGCAGGACUCAUUUUGAUUUGUUGCACCGUGUCUGUGUGUAGCUCUCGCCCGGCUGUGUUUGCAAAGAUGCAUCAGACAGUAUGUGCGCAGAGAUGCCCCCGCUGAACAUGAGCAAACAGAGCGUCUGUUACAAUGAAGAAGACGGCGGCGGCUCCUUCCUGUGUUGUUGCGGAUCGUUGCAGCGCUCGGUAUGGACAACCUAAACGUCUCCAUCAUCAUCACCAUCCACCACCGCGCCUAUGAGGAACAUUGCGCAGUGCAGUGAACGCCGUGAAUCGGGUUUUUGGAAUAUAUAUUACCUAAUCAUCUGUAAAAUAAAUUCCCAGCAUACACAUUACAGAGCGCGCCUUGGUGCAUUACUGUCAAUGUAAAGAGCUCUGCCCAGUGGUGGGAGCCACUCUCUCCAGGGGUUACAGAUGAGAGGCAAACAAUACCAUCAACCACUGAAGUUGACAGCGCCUUGGGAGAAAGAUGCUGGCUUUGGGAGAAAGCUCAAAACCUACAGGAAUCAUGCCAAGAUAAUAGCACAGCCUGGAAUCGUGAUGAAAGUGCUGCGCAGGAAGAGGAUUGUGUUAUUCAUGGCCUAUUUCCUGCUGCUGGUGCUCACCAUGCUCAAUUUGGCCAAUUAUAAAUGGACCAAGGAGCCUCAGCAGUGCAACCAUCAGAUGAGGAGCACCACCUAUCAGAGCAGAUCGGACAUUCGGUUUCUCUACAGGCCCUCCCUGGCUAAGAAGAGACAGCUCAUCUACGUCCUGACCACCUGGAGGUCGGGGUCCUCCUUCUUUGGUGAGCUUUUCAACCAAAAUCCAGAAGUGUUCUUCUUGUAUGAGCCUAUGUGGCACAUCUGGCAGAAGCUGUACCCUGGUGAUGCAGUGUCUCUGCAGGGGGCAGCCAGAGACAUGUUGAGCUCCUUGUAUCGCUGCGAUCUGUCUGUUUUCCAACUUUACAACAGCCCCGGAGGCAAAAACUUUACCUCCUUAGGGCUGUUUGGGGCCACGCUGAACAAGGUUGUGUGCUCCUACCCCCUGUGCUCAGCCUACAGGAAGGAGGUGGUGGGGAUGGUGGAUGAUAAGGUGUGCAAAAAGUGUCCCCCUCAGAGCCUUAGACUGUUAGAGGAGGAGUGCCUAAAGUACAACACUAUAGUCAUUAAAGGGGUGCGUAUUUUGGAUGUAAACGUUCUCGCCCCUCUGAUGGAGGACCCGUCCUUGGAUCUGAAAGUGAUCCAUUUGGUUAGAGACCCUCGGGCAGUGGCAAACUCAAGGAUCAAAUCCAGACAUGGCCUGAUUAGGGAGAACUUACAGGUGGUCCGCAGCAGGGACCCUAAACUGCGCCGGAUACCUUUCGUAGAUCCCGGCCACAAGGUCAACAAGAAGGACGGCUCCGACUACCACUCCAUCGGAGCCAUGGAGGUGAUCUGCGACCGCACCUCCAGGACUCUGAGGACUGCCUUAAACCCACCAGGUUGGCUGAAGGGGAAGUACAUGGCCGUGCGGUACGAGGACCUGGUGGAGAACCCCGUCAAGACCCUGAGGAGCGUUUACCGCUUUGCCAACCUCACCACCAACCAUGACAUUGAGUCGUUUGCGCUGAACAUGACCAGUGGCUCCAGCUCCUCCUCCAAGCCCUUCAUCGUCUCCUCCCGGAACGCCACGCAGGCAGCCAGCGCUUGGAGAAUGGUGCUCAGCAUCCAGCAGAUCAAGCAGGUGGAAGACUACUGCCACCACUCCAUGUCCGUCCUGGGGUACGAGAGGGUGAGAACAGCCGGGGAGGCCAAGGAUUUGAGCAAAUCGCUGCUGACGCACUCCAAACUGUGAAGAAAAAUAAUAAAAGCAUCCUCCUCACCACCAAAGACCUUUUUAAUUUAAUGUUCAUUUUUCCAUGCAGUGCCGUUUCCUCUUAUUGUGGAAUUAAAGCUUUACGUUCAAGUGUUAAAGGAGCUCCGGCUGGCUACAUUUGGAAUGUAUAUCUUGUUUUCGAGCUGCAGUUUGUAUCUGAGGGGGCUGCUGGUGUCACUUCUUUUAUACAGGAACACCGGCUGUGGGACAAUGACUUAAGAUGGAAAACAAAAGGAUAAUUUAUGUAUCUUGGUAUUAUUAUUAUUAUAACACUUCAAAGUUGAUGUUUUUGAGGUUAUUUUUGAAUGUUUAAAAUCUUUAAAAAAUAUAUUAUUUUUCACUCCAUACUGUCUGUACAAGUGAAAAGGAAAACUAGUAGAUGAAAGGAAAAAAGUAGUAACAGAUUUUAAAAAUCAUUUUUAUUUAAUACCCCAUUAAAGUCAGAGACAAUCAGUGAUUUGGUUUGAUGACGUGCCAUAGUUAGAAGUCUCAUCAGAACAGCAGUAGUACUUCAUAUAGUUUUGUUUUUUACUGUCAUUUAAUUUUGUCACAACGUCCUUGUAGGAUGAUGACAUGCACUGUGGACUUUUGGUCAUAACUCUGGAGCAGGACAACCUCUCUUUGUGUCAGUGUGAGCAUUCUGUUCUGCCAUCUUCAAAUGUUUACAAUUGCUUGCUCUUAUGAAAACACCUGAUCUAAACAAAUAUUGCAUUGAGUAAAGUUCACAGUAAACAACUUUAUGCAUCAUUUGUGAGUGCAACAUUUUCAAACUAAAGAAUUAUUCAGUCUUAUUUUGCUUGUGUCUAGAAUUUGAAAUGAGUUAGUGCUUUGAAAAAUAAUUAGUCUCCUACGAGAAUUUCUGCUUUUCACUUUUUUUUGACACGCUUAUAUGUUACAAGAUAAAAUGCACAAGAUAAAAUGAGUAAAUACAUCAUGUGCUGUUUAAAUUAUGAUUUGAUUUAUUUGGGGAAAAAGCUGUUUGAACCAACCAGGCCAUAUAUAUAUAUAUACAUACACCCCCUUAGGCUAAUUACUGAUUUUGUUGGUGACAAUUAGACAUUAAAUGAAUAUUUUACAUCUCCACGGAGGAAUUUUGGCCAGUGCUUCUUUUAAUAUAGGCCGAGGUACUGCAUUUUUGUAGGAUUUUUGUCCAGACUUUGAUUAGGCCACUCUAAAAUUUUUCUUUUUUUGUUUGUGAGCUAUUCGAUGGUGUAUUAGGGGUGCUUUGCAUCAUUUUCCUGCUUUGUAAUCCAAGAGCACUUGAUCUUAAGCUAGUGAAAUGAGGGCCAUCGGGAUUUUUUGCUAGAGAGCAGAAUUCAUGACUUCAUCAAUUCUGACAAUUUAUCCAAGUCCUGAUGCAACAGACUCUUACACUACUUUGACUGUUGGUUUGAUGUUUGUUCUCUGAAAUGCUGUUUUAGUUUCACAGCAGGCUAAACUGGAUACAUAUCUCCCAAAAGUUAGACCUUUAUUUUCAUCAGUCCAUAAAACAUGAUCUCUGAAGUAUCAUAGAGUAGUCAAGAUGUCGGUCAUGAACAAUGACCAUAACUGAGGCAAGCGAUCCCUGCGGUGCAGUAGAUGUCGUUCUGGGCUGUUUUGUGAACUCCUGGAUGAGUUUUUGAUGCAUUCUUUGUGUUAUUAUGGAAGGUCUUCCACAUCAUAUAAAACACUGAUGUUUUAUAUGAUGUUUAUUUAUGGAUAAUGUCUCACUAUGGUUUGCUGAGAUCUAAAGCUGUAAAGGUUUUGCAACCCCUUUCAGAUGAAUGAUUAUCAAGUAUUUUGCUUCUCAUUUGUUUUUGAAUUUCUUCAGCAUGGGGAAGACAUGUUGCUUUUAAGAAAAAAAAAAUUCUGUCUAUUUCACAGUCUCAUAGGCUCUGGGUGGAGCAUGUAAAACUUUACUCAACUUUUGAAGAAAUUUGAACAUAGCUCAGUCAUUAUGUAAUAAGAGGAGGGCUUGUAUUUUGAAAUAUGACUGGGUUGGUUUGGAUGACUUAUUUCCUUAAACAAAUGAAAUUAUAAUUUUCCAAAACUUUAUGUUGCAUUUACUCAGGUAAUCUUUGUUUGAUGUUGAAGUUACUUUUAUGAUCUGAAACAACAGAAGUGUGACAAAAAAGUGAAAUAAAUUUGUAAGGGAGGACAGUUUUUUCACAACACUGUAUUUCUGCAAGCAAUAGUACCGCCACAAUGUCAUACAUUUGUUGCCAAUCCCAAUAUCCUAGGGAUGCCCUGUGGCGUUUGGUAAAUAUACUUUUUGUUUACGCUCAACGUUAAUCGGCAUGGGUGGAGUGUGUGCAACUCUUAGGUCUAAACAAGUUUGAGAAGUGAUGUUAUAAAAAUAUUUCCCCUUGAAAAAUUCCUAGAAUCCUUAUUUAUAGAUCCAGAGUUUUAUUUUGGGGAGUUAAGUAGUGCAGGUGCUUUAAUAUUUAACAAACCCAUAUAUUUUUAUCUGCAGAACCCUUCUGACUUAUACUGAAUCCCUUUUACCUUCUUCCAUCCACACAAAUACCUGCUGGAUUAUGACCUAGCAACCCAGUUUUAUUAAUUUAGUUCUGCAUGAAAUAUAUGGAUGGAAUAAAAGAUCUACAUGCCCUGUCAAAAUGCUAGGUUACUGUGAUGUCACAAAAUACUUUUUCCACAUUAUAUCACAUUUAUCAGUACAAUUCAAGCUAAACUCUUAGAGGAAAACAAUCUAGAGAAUAAAAAUAUGUUGGUUGUGUAAAUAUGCACAAACUAAUACUUAAUUGAAACACAUUUUGAUUUAUUUCAAGAAUUCAGUCAUCUUAACAUCCCGCAUCUCUCACUUCCAUAAUGUUUCAAAGGGGAAACGGAAAUGCUGUUUUGUGCCCUUCUCGAAUUGUGUCCAAAUUAAUAAAUUAUGGUUUCAUGUGA